AUGUCCGCUCCAAACCCACUACCCACCUACGUCUACAAAAUUCUCCCCAGCGCCCCACCCAAGCCUCUCCCCGAUGUCCUCCCCCUCUCCGACCUCGACGCCAACGACGGCUUCAUCCACCUCUCCACCGCAUCUCAGGUUCCAGGCACAUGCGGACGCUUCUUUGCCGAUGCGACUGAGCUAUGGCUGCUGAAGAUCAGGCUGCAAACGCUAGAAAAUGGGACUGGAGAGGUGCGGUGGGAGGCUGCGGGGAAUUCCGGAGUCUUUGCACAUCUGUACGGCGGAAAGUUUGGGGCUGAAGAGGUGGAUGAGAGCUUAAAGGUC